AAUAUUUAUCUCUCCUCUCCCACUUGCCUGGUGUCUCUCCUCUCCCAAAUAACGAUCGAUCAAGCACUUUCACCUCCCUCCCUGCCCAAAGAAUGGAUCUCAAAAAUUCUAUCAGCGACCUAACCGAUGUUGCACUAAGAAUUACCAAGCAACUGCUCACCACUGAAGGCAAAGACAAAAACAUGGUGUACUCGCCGCUGUCCAUUCAGGUUGUGUUGUGGCUGUUGACGGCAGGGUCGAAGGGUCCCACGAAGGAGCAGUUGCUCUCUUUCCUCAAGUCCAACUCCACCGACCAACUCAACUCCCUCGCCUCCCAUCUUGUCCCUCUAAUCUUCGCAGACGGAUCCGCUAGAGGUGGUCCUUGCCUGAACUUUGCCAAUGGCCUUUGGGUUCAGGAAUCUCUCCCCAUCAAACCUUCUUUCAAAGAGGUUGUGGACACAGUUCACAAGGCGGCUAUAAAACAAGUUAACUUUAAAACCAACCCUGAGGAAGCGAGAGCCGAAGUGAACUCAUGGGCUGAAAAGGCGACGAAGGGCCUUAUCACUGAGGUUCUUGCUCCUGGGACAGUCCAAACCAAUACCAGGCUUAUAUUUUCAAAUGCUUUACACUUUAAAGCAGAUUGGAGUGACCCGUUUGAUACAUCGGAGACACUAGAAGAGGACUACUUCCACCUUCUUGACGGUACUUCUGUUGAGGCGCGCUUCAUGAGAAGCUACGAUUACCAGUUUGUAAAAGCCUUUGACGGCUUCAAGGUCUCGAAGCUUCCUUACGAACAAGGCGAAGACAAUGAGAGGCAAUUUUGUAUGUACUUGUUACUUCCUGAUGCGAAAGAUGGGCUCCCAGCUUUUGUUGAGAGAGUUUGUUCCGAGCCUGAUUUCUUAGAUCGUCAUCGCCCUGAAACUAGAGUCGCGGUUGGUGCCUUUGUAAUCCCAAGGUUUAAGAUUAGCUCCGGCUUUGAAGCUUCUAAAGUUCUCAUGGAUGUAGGAUUGGUGUUUCCUUUCAAUGGUGAAGGUGAUUUGACAGGGAUGGUGGAGUCACGUAUAGAUAAGGCCAAAAUAAUUCACAAAUCCUUCAUUGAAGUUGAUGAAAAAGGCACAGAAGCUGCAGCUGUUUCUCUUUGCGACUUUGACGAUGAAGCGGAUGGUGAUGAUGAACCAUUUAUACCGAAAACGAUAAACUUUGUGGCUGAUCACCCGUUUAUGUUUAUAGUCAGAGAGGAAGUGACUGGAACGGUUCUGUUCAUUGGUCAUGUUCUCAAUCCGUUAAAAGAAUGAGCUUUAGAACGUGACAAUGCAAGUAAGAUCUACUCUUUAUUUUUGUUUUUUUAACUAUUGCAUUGUGGAUGACUGCCAGCGGGAAUGGUUUUUAAUUUCUUGUUUUUCUUUGCAAUGUAACAGUUGAGGUUCAGUGAUCGUUUUGUUUUUCGCAGUUGAAUCCUCCUCUAAUUUCUGCACUGUUUGUUCUUUUUGGUGUUGAGGUUCACUGAUUGUUUAUUUCCAAC